CAUUAAAAAUUAGCAAAUUAAUUUUGAGCCUUUUUCAGAAAGUGCCAGGUAUAUUUUAAUACCAAAACAAAUAUAUACCCUAACAACGAGAUGGCUUUCAGCAAAAAUUUGCCAAAACCAACGAAAAUUGUUGUAAGCGACAAUGCAAUAUUGCCAAACCAUAAGCGCAAUGCAUUUUUAGAAGCUGCGCUAUGCGUGUAUUACAAUUUCGCCAACUAACAGCUCUACAGCAAAGAAAAAGGCGAAUACAAUAAAACUUUCUAACACAAUGACCUAGAAAUAGUAAUUUGCGAAUUCCAAGCAUGCAGAAUAACUGUAAAAUAUUGUAUUAUAGUAUUGAUGGUUGCAACUAGUAGGCGUUGCUAGAGCUCAAGGAUAACGCUGCACUUCUGUUCAUUGUGCGCUAUCGCCGGCAACCGACUAUUGUUAAGGCCUUUAUAGGUGCCGCAUACCUGUGCGCUGCGCGUCGCGCUAAGGAUUCGCUAAAGCGUUGUUUAACUUCCGCAAACGAUUACAAUUUUUCGCAAUUAGUGGAGAUACCACUUCAUUGCAAUAUGCAUACAUAAUUAAUAGCGCAGUUCCAGGUAAAAGGUAAUUAAAGAUGCGCGACGCUGCGCGCUGCGCGUGUAGAGUGUAUGUGCUGCGCGUUGUUACUUGGUGAAAGAGCGCAAAUUAAAAUUUAUGUGUAUGUACAUAUGUAUGAGCGCUGACUGUCGCGCAAGUAGAUAGAUAGUGAGUGCGAUAUAUAUAUAUAUAUAGAUAGAUAUGUAUAGAAAUUGUGUGUAUAUGUGCGCGAUAAAUUGGAAUUUUAAGGCUUACUUAGUAUUUUUGUCCGUAUUUAGUUACUUUCGACAGUUAGUUUACGCCAAUGCGCGCAAUUUAAGAUACAUUUCGCUAGAAGGGCUCAGCGCGCUGCAAGUAGCGCAAGGAGCUAUGAUAUAUACACACACACUUGCGCGCUAUGUGUAAGCAGCCAUUUUGCCGAAGGUGUGCAGCGCUCUGCCACAACACACGCCGGCGCUGUCAGCGCUGCUAUAGCUGCUGUUUGUUGUUAUUACUUUUGUAUGCUGUGCGCGCACGCGCAACAUAACUAUACAGCAGCGACAAGCAGUUGCUUGCGCACUGACUUCGUUACGAGCGAAGAUCGGCGCAUACGAACACAUAUACACAUACAUACACAACACAACCAGCCGAACACACGAACGCGCAUAAGCAGGACAACGGCUGACAAAAACGAGACAAACACAUACAUACAAAUGUGCAUAGCUAUAGCAUAAGCUGUAGCGCGCUCUGUAGUUGCGCCGCUUAUGUAUGUUGUUGUGUUUGUAGUAGCACUACAGCAGAAGUAAUAUCAUAGCCCAAAUUUCGGCAUAUCGCCACAGAACGACAGUAACGAUCGUGCCGUGUAGUUAACUACCUAAGGAUCAUACAAACGUAGAUGCCUUUGUGGCGACAAAAAAAAGUUCGAAAUUAUCAACUGAUAACAGACUACGAAAAAUAUUUCGACAAAAGUGCGCAAAUAUUUGUGUGUUUAAAACAGUUUAUGAUAAGUGCUUGAUGUUGAAGAGACAACAGGUGAGCGGCAGCGACUGCCAGUGUUAUAAAAAAAGUUGCAUAAAAGCUCAAAAGCUUGAGAAAAAAAAGCUCAGUUUUGUAUGAAAGUGCCUAGCGAAAGGACAACGUGAUUAUUGAUUAUUUUAAAAAAUAUAAAAAACGGCUAUAUUCAAAAAUAUUUGAAUUUUCAAGUUAAAAUAUAUUAUUUUCUCAAAACUCAGUGCGUGAAGUUAGAACGCUCGAAAGAUUGUGAUAAAAUUGAACUUCUGAAACAGUGAUAACAAAAAAACGACAAGUCACUUAGUGAUAUUAAAAGUGCCUCAGAAGUUUUAAAAGAUUAAAAGACUACAAAUAAAAUAUUUUUCGAAAACCAGCAACGACAACCGAAUGCGCAGCGAGUCAGCAACACGCGACGAACGAUUAUAAAAAUCGAAAUAAAAAACACACACAUACAGUCAGUCUUCAACGCAGAGACGCAACAAAAGCAUUAAUACACAACUUGUUGCAGACACGCAAUGUGCUAGAGUGCUAGCCAGCGCAGCGCUAAGAGACAGUUGAGAUUUUACGCAAAUCAACCAAGUCCACACAUACCACAACCAAAGCGUAAAUUUAUACUUUAUAGCACCUUUCAAAGAAACAGAAAUAUUAACAAAAACACAUACAACAUAUGUAGUUGAUGGCCUCAAUUGAAACAGAGAUGCCGCCGAUGCAUGCGGCUGAGACCGGUGGCGUGGCCGGUGGCGGUGUUGCCGACAAUGGCAGCAAUAACGGCAAUGCUAACGCUAAUGGCGGCAACAAUGUCGCAGCGGCCGUCUCUAGCGGACCGCAUUCGAAUGGUAGUGGCGUUGGUGAUGCCGGGCAACCGGGCACAAAUAACAACAACAAUACGAUUAGCGCCGCUGCAGACUCGAGCGACAACCAGCCGGGCACACCGCAGCCACCCACUAAUGGCCAAUUAAUUGCCAACAACGAGCAGCAGCAACAACAGUUGGGACAUAAUCCCUACGGCAUGUACACUUCGGUAGCGACCACAACGAAUGGUAGCGUCGGCUUGCCACAUAUGUAUGGCGGCAGCAUUUACGCCACGGCUAGCAGUCAACCAGAUAUGCAACAGCAACAACAACAGCCACCCUACCCCAGCUAUCUGAACUCCUUCGAGCAGUUCUACCAACAGCAGCAGCAACAACAGCAACAGCAUCAAGCUGGCGCUGCCAUGGAUUAUGGGCUGAUGUAUGGCGCUGGCGGCAACAGCAAUGGCAGCAGCGACUACAAAUCCAACCAAUCGGCAGCUAGCAAUGUGCGUUACCAUCCCUAUCUUAACAACCCGACUUCGUGCGGUACCGCCGACGGCAGCAAUCGCAAUGGAACGCCCGAGACUAAUACUAACGGCGUUGCAGGCGGCACAUUACCGUUGCCACAAAGCAGCGCCGCCGUAUCGACUACCACGAAUUCGCUGAGUCCGCGCUUAGUUAGCUCAAGCAGUCCAACAUCGACUUCGACACACAUGCAGUUAAGCGGCAGCUCUGCAACCGGUUCGCCAAGCGGCAACUGCAAGCUACAAUGCAAGAAAUGUGGACUCAUGUGCGCCAGCGACAACGAGCUGCAAGAGCAUAUCACCAAUGUGCAUGGCGCCUCGCCCUAUGGCAGCAGCGGCUACUCCAGCUCGCCAUACAUCAAGGAGGAACUUUCCUCGGGCUCGCAACAGCAGUCCACAGCAACACAGGGCGGUCAGGGUGGCAAUCCGGGUGAAUUGCUUGAUUUGGAUUCACAAAAGAUGGUUUAUCCGCCUGCACCGGGCAGCAUACAAUCGCUGUUGCAUCAUCCACAUCAGAUGCAUGAACCAGUUGGUGGUAGCGAUCCGCUGCACUCUAUGCACAGCAUGCAACAACGCGCUUUACCCGGCUGGGAGCAGCCACAGCCGCCAAAUAACGGCAUGCAGGAGAGUAUGCCAGCCUACAUGCAGCAGCAGCAGCAACAGCCCACACAACCACAGCCAGGCCAACAGCAAACAGAUUUGAGCGUCAAGCCACCGCAUGCGAAUCAAUCGCCAUAUUACUCGCCCAAACAGUCGCCUUAUCAUGUGCCAGGCAGCAUGCCCAACGGUGCAGCUGGCAUGGUUAUAAAGCAAGAAUAUGGCAUGAUUAAAACUGAGUACCCUGACUCACAGAAUUAUGUGGAUAAGUCUUUUGAUCCCACUGUAACCGCUGAUAUAUGUCAACAACCCCCGCCCUCCGUACAACAACAACAACAGCAGCAACAACAACAAAUGAUGCCGGUUUCUUCAAGCCCAGCGGAGUUUCCUACGACUACCACUGGGCCACAGGAUCCGCAACAGCAGUAUCGUGGUUUUGAGCCACCCUCUUCGUCAUCCGUUAAUACAGUGAGUUUGCCUACUAAGGCCGCCACUUGGAAGUCGAAUGAGGCACGUCGCCCGAAGACAUACAACUGCACCGCUUGCAACAAGUGGUUCACUAGCUCUGGACACCUGAAGCGUCACUACAAUACCACCUUGCAUAAGAACGCAGUCAAAUCUAGCGGUCAGCCAGAUCCAGCAACGCUGCCGAUAUCUGCGCACCAUCAUCCGGCACGUGAUCCAGUCACAACAACAAAGUCACACAGCCGUCGCAAUAAUGCUAAUGCCGCUGCAGCAGCAGCAGCUGCCGCCGCCGCCGCCGCACAACAACAGCAACCACCUGCACCGGUGCAACCACCCGAACCGCCUAGAGGUUCGCCGGACUUUGCACAGGGUGCGGGUAUGGGCAUGUCGCAGUACUCCGCUUCACCAUCGCCGACACAACAAAUGCAGAUGAACGGUCUACCGUAUGGCGCCAACCCAGGCGGCUAUCAGCCACAACAACAACCACAAACGCAAUACUUGAAUCAAGUGCAGUCUUCGACGAAUAGUCAUUCGCCCAGCCAUAUAAAUGUGCCGGGUAUCUCGCCAAACAACACACAAACCGUUUUGAACGGUCACCCAAACGGGUUAGCAGGUCCCUCCGCCCCAGUAACACCACAACCAAUGCCGUCCUCCCACACGAGGGGCCUGCUGAACAAAACAACAACCACUACCACAAAGAGCGAACCCUUGGAGGACAACUACCCGCACAACAGCAACAGCAACAACAGCACAAUGCACAUUCGCUCGCCACAGCUGGAAGCGGAAUUGGACACGGAUCAGGAGUUGGACAACACGCUGUCGUCGGAGGAGCGGGAGCGCUCCCAAAUGGACAUGGAAAUGCUGCAGCAGCAACAGCAGCAACAACUGGAAGAGGAGGCAGCAGCAACAGCAGCAGUGGCAGCGGAACAGGCACAGGAGGCCGAGGUGCAGUUACAACGCCACCGUCAGGCACAAGCGGAUCUUCAGCAGGGGGAGGAAUUACAGGUUUUCCACCAUCAACUGCUGGAGGAAUUGGAGGGGCCGCAACGGCACUAUCACAACACAACGCCCACGCUCAAUCCGGCGUCGGAGCACAACAUGCGAGCGCUAUCGCCCCUUAUUACCUCCCACCAGCACUACCACCAGGAGCAGCUGCGACGUCCGCCGGGAAUGGUGGACAACAUUUUCUCUCCCAUGCAGCCGCCAGCAGCAGUCACUAUGCCAGCCAAUAUAAUGGAUCCCCAAUACAACAUCCUACCUUUGGGUAUCAACACGCCGCCGCUGCUCAGCAGCAAUAUGCAGCUGCUGCAGCCGCAGCCGCCCAUCACCAACACCAGCACAGCUACUAUGGUCAAUAUGGGCAACAUCCAUAUGCUGCACAGCCACCACCACACCCAGCAAGCGGCGCCGGAACAGCAGGAGCGGCUGGUGUUACCAUCCAUGCGCAGUAUGCUGCUCAACAAUACCAGCAUACAGUCGCCGGUGGACCACAUCAAUUCCAUCACGCCGCAGCUGCUGCCGCCCAUCACCACCACCACACAGCAGCUGCUGCCGCCGCUGCAGCAGCAGCCGCAGCUGCACACCACCAACACCAUUCCAUCAUACCAGCAGCUGCAACAGGAGUCGGAGCUGGCGCCGCUGGAGCCCACAAUGACCUAUCACACUAUUAUUGGUAAUGAGACGGCAACGUCUAGCGAAGAUGGAGAAGUGCUUACCAUUAACAGCAGCAGCGGCAGUAGCGAAAGUAACGACUACAUACAAUUGUCUACGAUGGAUGCAUACGGCGGACUGCAAGCGCAACAAAUGAUCACCGCCGACGGACAAAUACUACAGUUUAUGUCCUCCUCAAUAAUGGGUCAGUCAUUCUAUGCACUACCGCCGCGCACCACUUUGCGUGAGUCAUAUCCACGUUCACCACAAGAGGGUGACUUGCCGCCAGCUCAUACGAUUUUAGGCACUGGUGUGCACAUGCAAGAGCACCUGUACCUACAAGAAUCAUCGCAGCCAAUGGACGACGGUGCAGUUGCACCGUAUUCACCAAAAGAUGACCUAUCCAGCGCGGACACGACCAGUAAAGGUGAAAUAAAUACAACCGCUACAACCCAAAAUGAUGAGAGUGGUCUCUCAGCCAACGACAACUCUACAGCUGACAACAAUACCAGCACAACCAACACAAGCACCAAGAACACCGCCGCCAAAAACGCCACCAAAAAAGCCGCAAAACCACGUAGACCGGCUAAACGUCAAACCGCGUCGAAACGGAAGAUUUCGCCCUCACAAUGCACCACUACGCCACGUUCCAUCACGCUACCUAACGGUCGUGUUAAAUGCCUGGAAUGCGAUAAGGAGUUCUCCAAAAACUGUUACCUCACUCAACACAACAAGAGCUUCCACUCCGGUGAGUAUCCAUACCGUUGUACUACCUGCGGUAAACGUUUUCCUUUGCCGGAAAUACAUCGUGUGCAUAACUCACGACAUCAUGCCACCGAUAAGCCACACAAAUGUGAUCGGUGCCCCAAACAAUUUCAUCACAAGACCGACUUACGUCGACACAUUGAAGCCAUACACACAGGCAUGAAGCAGCAUGUCUGUCCAUUGUGUGAUAAGGGCUUCUGUCGUCGAGAUCAUUUGCGUAAGCAUAUUGAGACGCAUUCGCGUCCCAGAGUGGUCGCCAAACGUGUGCUUAACGCCAUAGUUGAAGAGGGCUUAUUUGACAUGUCAACACUGGAAAAACCAUACAGACCAUAUGAAAAUGACACGCCUACCAAGACAAAAGACGUAGAACAAGACCAAAAUAAUACAAACUCGAACAAUGCAGGCCAGGACCAGUGCACAGAACCGAAACAACCCAAGGCUAAGAGACGAAAAAAGGCAAGCGCCACACCAGUGGGUACAAUACAAGCCAAUAAUGUUAAGGUCGAGCCCGUUGAGAUGCCACCACCGCUAUAUACAGCACCACGUGCGCGUUUAACGUCGACGGCUGUAAGUGGGGCACUAGACGAGAGCAGUUAUGUACUAAGUUCGACUGACGAAAGUUACAUAGAAGAAGAUAAUUUGGUUAUCGCGGAUGGCAAUUUAGAAGCAGGAAAUAGUUAUAUAAUUAAAGAGGAACCAUAUGUAGAUGGCAUGCCAUAUACAGAAGCUUUGCCCGAGAAGCAGCUGUCAGCCUAUUUCUGAUCAAAAGACAGCAGUAGUUAGUGGAAAGAAAUAUUAGAAAUACAGAAAAAGGAAUUGUAAGUUGGGUCAGGGUUUUUGAGCGUUUUACAGUUAAUAAAGAUGAGUUAAAAACGUAAGAUUCGAGUUAUUGGUGUGUAGAAAACAAUUUAAACAGUAGCAAUUGGACGACAGACAGUUCAGUGUUUCUGACGUGGUCUAUGACAUAAUACGCACUAGUACUAACAGCAGGAAGAGGACGCAGCAUUUUGCAUUUUGCAGCGGCGUUUUCAACGGCUCUGUUACUAAGUAUUAGCUGCGGAUAGCAAGUUAAGCAAGUUUUUAGGAUGUCUGUAAUAUACAGCAUCGAUACAGACGGUUCUACAAUUUCGGUACAACGUAGAAAGUAGAGUGACGGAGACUCGAACUGGAAUGUUGCUAUAUUAUGCUACCAUUUUCCGUCUGCUGCAGACGAGCAAUUACCUUCGCUGCACUACGGCAGUAAGACGUUUGAGAAUCUCUGAAUUGCUAAGAUCCAACUUGACGCUCAAGCCUCUAAGCUUGCAGGUUUAGGAAGCGCCAAAGAGCUGCGCUGCAUAUAUGACUGAAAGAGUUUGAUAGCGCUGUUAACCACAGGGUUUUGUAAGUGUAGCGCUUAAUUUAGGUUGCUUAAAGCUGUCGUUUUUUUCGGUAUUGGUACGAAAGCAAAUUAUGCAGCUUAAUUAUAGCGUACUUGGGCCUCGGCUUAUGAAGUAGUGCGAAAAUGUAGGCGAAGUUUCUAAUCGGUUCCAAAGUGCGAUUAGAAUUUCCGUGUAGCUAUGAGAACGUUUUAGGUAUGAAGUUUAAUAGCAAACCAAUUAUGUUUCAAGUGUAGUUGAAAUAAACAGUGGAUCAGACAAUAAACCGAACAAAGUAACUUAGGCGUUACGGCCUUACAGCGGUACGUAUACAAGAAACGCGCUACGGUCUGUGCUGUAGCAAGCAAAAUGCAAGGCGACAGCGCCUUAGCGGUGUGUUAGUGGUGUACUAGUGAAAUUAGCGGCGAGUGCACUAAUUAAAGACGGCUUGUAUGGAUUUCUGUGUAUUUAAAGCGCAAGAACUAGGAAUUUUUAGUGGUAAUCUUGUGCUUUCUUGUCUACUGCGCGAAAUUGUGCAACUAACGGCGCUGUGUACUGGUUCGUAUGCCUAAAUCGUACGUUUAUUUGCGGCCUUUGUUAGGCGCCGCUUGCCAAAUGCAACCAAAACCACCUCAAAAUGCCAUAUUUACAAGUACUUAUCUAGAUUUGUAUGAAUUGAAUUGAAUUUAUUAUUUUCAACGCAAAUACCUCAACAGCUAAAGAAUGGAAUAUACUCAGGGUAGCUAACUAAAAAAAAAUAGUAUUAUAUAAUUUAUAUAUAUAUAUACAUAUAAAAUUUCAAAACCGAUAAUUAUUUGUAUUAUUUUUUGUUAAUUACAUAACCUCAUAAUUUUAAUUACUUGUAAUGCAACGCUCAAACCCAAUACAUUAGCUUAUCUUUGUAUAUUGUUUUCAUUUUUGUAUUUUAUGCAUUUACAUAUAAUUUUUUCAUUAAAAAUUUGAGUAAUUUUGCAAUUGAAUUAAGCAUAUAAAAUUUGCAUAGCGUAAAUGUACUUACGCACUUUUUAUGUUAAAGCCAAAAUUAUGUAAAGCACAAGCAUUUGAAAGGAACAAUAAUGAAUAUUUGUAUUAAUUAUUUUUAAUUAACUUCUUUUUCUGCAGUAUAAAUAAACAAAUUUUGCAAUUGUAAAGUAUUAAACUUUUUAUUUUUUGGAUUUGCAAAGAAGAAGCAGCAGCAGCAAUUGCAUGGAAAUUAGACGAAAUGGCUUUGUCGUUUUAGUAUUCUAUCUUUCAUAGUAUUACUUAUUUAUAAAAAAAAACCACGUAAAACAUACAUAACUGUAUCUGUAAUUAGCGCACAGCAAACGCUCAUUUAUAUAAUUUAGUUUUAAAUUUUAUUUUUAGCUAAGUUUGUUUAUGUUUUAUUAAACAACACGCAAAAAAAAAAUAUUUUGUAAACAAUUGCCAAGGCUGUACUUAAUUACAAUAAAUUCGAAAAAAAAAAAUUUAAGAAAAAAUAAUUUUUUUUUAAAUAAUUUUAGGCAACGCACAAGCACUUAUUUCCUACAGUGUGCCAAUACAGGCUUGCAUUUGUGACAGAGUGUGCAAAAAUUUCGAUAUAUGCGAAAAUUAUAUUUACCGUUUAUAUAUAUAAGAAAUUGUUGCAGUUUAGCAUACCAGCAAUCAAAAUUUAAUUUAUUUACUUUAAGCUUUGUUUUUUUUUUUAUAUGUAACUCUCUUGUCAAUAAAAUUUCCAAUACACAUUUAAAUUACAAAAGUAGUUUCUUGUCAAUAAAUUCUUUUUGGUAACCAAAAUUUUCAGUAUUUUAAUUUCAAAAUAAACAUUACUGCUUAUUAUAACUACUUUUUAAAGCAAAAAUUUUAUAUUUAAAAUUUCUAGCUUCUUCAAUUUUUAUAAUUAUUUUCCAAAUAAAUUUAUCAGAUAACUUGAAAUGUAUCUUAAAUUUAAUUAAUUGAAUUAAUGUUUUAACAAGUUUAAAAAUUUUCAAUAACAAACAAAUUUUUUUUUUUUAAAUUUUUCAAACCGUUAGAUAUAUAUUUGUUUUAUUUUUUUAAACCGUUCUUGAUUUUAUUAUUUCCCUUUGUAUUUAUUUCAUUUUGUUUCUUAAUUAUGUAAGAUUUAUUAGUAAUGCUUUCAAUUUUUUUGAACUCUUUUUAUUCAAAUACUCUGAAACUAAGCUAAUCUUUUUUUUCAAAAAUAUAAUUUAUUUUUCAAAUAUUUUUUUAUUUUUUUAAAUAUGUAUUCAAUUAUAUUUAUUUUUAACUAUUUCUAUAUUUUUUAUUUUUAUUUCUCUUUUUGUUUCUCAUAUAAUACUACUUUAAACUAUUUUUUUCAAAAAAACUAAUAUGUUUUCAAAAAUAUUUACUAAUUUUUUACAAAGAAGUUUUAUAAUUUUUUUCAAAAUACUUUAUAUUUUUUUCAAAAUAUUUUUAUUAUAAUACAUUUUAUUAAAUUUUUAAUUGCAAAUAUCUUUAUAACUUUUUAUAUUAAAUAUUUUUUUUAAAUUUUUAUUUCAAACAAUUUUUUCAUAAAACUUAAACUGAACUAAAAUUUUUUGCUCAAAAAUAUUUUUUAAGAAUUUAAAAAUUUCUUUUUUUUCCAAAUAUAUCUAUUUUUUUAUAUUAAUGAAUUUAUUUUUUAACUUUUUAUUCUAAAAUUUUUUAUUAAACUUUUUUUUUGGAAAAACCAAAACUGAACUAAACUUUUUUUUCAAAAAUACUUUUUAAACUUUUUGUCCAAAAUAUUUAUAUUUUAACUCGCCAAAAAUAAUUCUUACAUUGUUAUUCCAAAAUAAUUCUUUACGUUUUUUCCAAAUAUCAUUUUUUAAUUUUUUUUUUUUAAAUAUUAAAAGUUUUUUUUUCUAAAUAUAUAUUUAACUUUUUUUUCUGCACUUAACAACUUGCGUAUAUUAAUGCAAAUAAGAAAUGCGCACUCUGUUACAAAAGCAAGCGUACAUUAUUCUCACUUAUGAUUUUUACAUUUAAAGGUGACCAGAUUUUGUUUUCGGCGCCUCAUGACUUUUGUUGCGUAAGAAAAUAACAUAAAACAUAUAUAAAUACAAAUAUUAUAAUUUUGUAAUACUCAUAUAUACAUACACAUAUACUCAAAGCGUAAUGCCAUAUCUAUUAAAUAAUUAUAAUUAUAAUUUUAAUUUAAUUUUAAAAUAUAUAAGUUGUAAAAUAUAAUUUUUGCCAUACAGUAUAAAAAAGUAACAGCAAUUAUCUUAAGCCCACUAAUAUAAAAACAGCGGAUAAAGCUUAUAUUAAAAAAAAAUAUUUCCAAAAUAUUCCAAAAAAAAAAAUAAUUUCAAUUUACAAAAACAAUUUUUUUUAUAAAUUUUGUGUAUUUUUUUUAAAACAAUUUUUGAAUAAUCAAAAAUAUUUGUUUUUAAUUAAAUUAAUUUUUUAUAAGUGUACAGCAUUUGCUAAAUAUAAUUUUCCAAAUUUUAAUUAAUGCAAUUAAAGCUUUUAUCGAAAAUUCUCAAAUUAGAAAAAAAUAUGUAAAAAAUUGUCAAUAAUUCUUUUGCAUUUAGAAUUAAAAUAUUUUUCUUACAAAAAAAAAAUACUCAUAAUUAAUGUUACACUGCAACAAAUACUCCAAAUGACCAACAGCCAUAAAAGCUAAUUAUAUAAAGCUUACAUAACAGUUACGUAAGCUGUACUUAACCGUUUUGUGACCUUUAUGCAUUUUGCUUCUUCGUUAUUGGCUCAGUUUUUAUGGCUUCUGGUCACUCGAAAAUACUUUAGUUGUAAAGUAAUUGAUAAAUGGCAGAAAAAAGCUUCAUGAUUUUGUACCUAAACUUAUAAAUAAAAAUUCAUUGUUUGAAAUAUAUAAAUAUUAAAAUUUAAAAAUGCGAAAAAAACAUUUUUAAAUAAUAUUGAGAUACUCGUACGCUGCGCGUGGCAUAUAAUUAUGUUAGAAUUGUUUAGAUUUUAGUUAAUACUAGCUUUGAUGGGCAUAAAAUUGCCUAAAAAACAAAAAAAAAAAA